GCCCCUGCAGGCCCCCGAGCUGUCCAGCGUCACACCAGCUUUACACAAGGACAAAAAAAGUUGUCGGGUGAACGACAGGAAGAAAAAAAAAAGCUACACCCCUCCCUCUCUUACUCGAGGGGAGUGUGUGUGUGUGUGUGUGUGUAACAGAACAGAGACAAGUCUGAAGAAACCAGGAAAAGUUCUCCAAGCAGCUCCGCGGAUCUUGUGUUUGUUUCUUUCGCUCGUUCACAGUCUGGACGCAGAACGGAGACAGACGCCCGUGUGAGGACAGAAUGACGACCGGAUCCGUGAGCAGAUUGUGUGCGUUUUGGUGUUGUGUGUUUGCUGUCCUGCACUUAACAACAGCUGAGGAAGCAGAGAAGCCGGCGGCAGGACGACAGUCUCGUCAGGCGGAGGAGGAGGCUCUUGAAGGGGUGUGGGGUCCAUGGAGCGAGUGGGUGGAGUGUUCUCAGAGCUGUGGAGUGGGCGUGUCCGAGAGGCGGAGACAGUGCAUGCCGCCGCCCCAAACCCCGCCUCUUAUGUGGAACAGACCGGCUUACCUUCCACCGGGUGUCCCUAACAACACCCCUGUGAUCUCUGCGGUCAGGCCCUACUACAACUCCUUGUAUCCCGUCAACGAGCCCCCUCCAUAUGGAGCAGGGGGCGCUGAGAGGCCUCCUUACUUUUCCCCGCCUCUCCCAGCCAACCCAAAUCCUGGAUUACCACUCUACCGAAACGAAGCCGGCGGUGCUGGGCCAGUGCAGUUCGGUUCACCCAAUCAGGAGACAGCUUCAGUCUACCGUUCACCUUCCUCAUCCGCUUCACUUCCCUACGGGAGAGUUCCCGCACGGUCGGCCAAUCACGGCAGAGUUGUAGGCAGUGGAAGCAGGAGGUCGGUUUCCAACAACAGGGAUCCAGCGUCUGUAAGAAGGUCUAGUUCUUCUAUUCGUCCCGGACAGUUUGGGUAUGGCAGGGUCCCGUACUCUCUUCCCUUACACAGACAAAACCGUCACGCUCGACACACGCGCCGCCACAACACCACCACCACCACAGACAGUCUCGACGCUCUCAGUGUGAACGCCAGCGCACAUGUGGACAAAACACAGGGAGAAGAGGGACUAAUUAUUACAGACAAUGUUAAUCGAGAACAAAAAAAGAACGAAAAGGAGACAGCGGCAGCAGACAUGGAGAGUGAUGUGGCAGCCGAGAGAACAAGUGAUGGAGAGCCACACAGACACGUGCAGGAACACGAGCGAAUCACACAUUCACGGCCCCUGACACAGGGACACGUGGCCCGCAACAGACGCAUCGAUGGACGCUCUUCUCGCCAAGUCCCACACUCCUACACGCACACUAUCCACCGAUCACACACUCCCAGAGAGCCUCCUCCCUACAGCCUCCAGACUCCCACAAACCCCAACCCCGAGCCCUGGGUCCUGCAGAACGCCGGCCAGCCCUCCAGAAACGAAGCCGAGAGGGACCGGAGGCCUCCAGCGGCCGCCCACAACUACAGAUGCUCUGGACGGGACACAGAGUACCGCAGGUGCAGCCUACAGGCAUGUCCAGGUGCUCCAGUAAACUCCAGGGCUGAGCAGUGUGCAGCGUUCAACAAUAAAGAGUUUAUGGGACGCGUGUAUGACUGGGAGCCUUUCACAGAAGUGGGUCUGGAGCAGCAGUGUGAGCUGACCUGUCGACCCGUCGGGUAUCGUUUCUACGUGCGGCAGGCCGAGAGGGUACGAGAUGGAACACCCUGCGCAAAUAACACACCCAACGAUGUGUGUGUGGGAGGACGCUGUCUGAGCAAAAACCACCAUGGUGUGUUGGGCUCAGGGUUGGUUCGGGAUCGCUGUGGCGUGUGCGGCGGGGGAGACAGCACCUGUGAGAGGGUCACGGGAAGUUUCCAGAACACCAGCGUCCCGCUGGGCUACCACAAAAUCCUGGACAUCCCCCCUGGAGCCACGGCCAUCAACAUCACUGAGAGACGAGCCAGUCCCAACUAUCUGGCCCUGCGCAGUGGAACAGGUCAGUCGGUGGUGAACGGACGCUGGGCGGUCGAUCCUCCGGGAGAGUAUCCGGCAGGAGGAACCACCUUCCUGUACAGCCGACCCAAAGCUGGACCUCAAGAGCAGGGAGAAGAGAGAGGAGAAACCCUCAGUGCUCCUGGACCCACAACAGCCCAGCUGCAGCUAUACAUUAUUUUCCACAGACAGAAUCCAGGCAUAGACUACGAAUAUUACAUCCCAGUGGAGAAACGGAGGGACGGAGAGAGAGAAGUACACCGAGAGAGAGAGCGAGGACGGGCUGCACUCCGAGAACUCAGUGGCGUGUCAGUGGCAGUCGACAGCCCUGUUGCUCCUCCGCCUGUGUCAUCUUCUGCCUCCUCAUCUUCCUCUGUAUCUGAUCGAUGGCCACCAGAGAGGCCCCGCCCACAGGGCCUAGGACCCAAUCGUAACGCUCGGAUCCCUCCAAGAACAGACCUCCCAUUGGACAAUCAGCCUGUGUUUGUGUGGCGAAGAGGCGCGCUGACAGAAUGCACGGCUACCUGUGGAAAAGGCUCUCAGUACAGAGAGAUUGUGUGUGUGAAUCGACACACAGAACAGGAAGUCCAUGAGAGGAGGUGUGACUCCGCAACCAAACCUGCGCCAGAGGAGGAACCAUGUAACGUUCAUCCCUGUCCACCGUUCUGGGAUAUGGGCGUGUGGUCUGAGUGCAGUGUUUCCUGCGGCUGGGGUGUGCAGCAGCGUCACAUACAGUGCAGGCAGAGUUUUGGGAAUCGCUCAACCAUGGUUCACCCUCAGCGCUGCUCCAGUCUCACCCGCCCCAACGCCACGCAGCCCUGCCACCCGCGCGUCUGCUCGCACUGGGAGAUCAGCACCAACUAUAUAACGUGCUCAGUGGAUUGUGGAGUGGGAAAGAGAACCCGGAGCGUGCGCUGUGUCAGUGACCAUGGCAACACUGUGAAUGACAGGGAGUGCAGUGACAGGCUCCGCCCACAGCGCACAGAGGACUGUCACAUGGGUCCAUGUGUCACUAACUGGUACUUCACAGACUGGACAAACACUUGCUCUGCAACAUGCGGGCCGGGCGUCCAGCGGAGAGAGGUGGUGUGUUUGACCGGCGGAGGCAGGAGAGAAGGAGACGGAGGAGCGGAGUGUGGGGGGGAGAAACCGGCUGAUAUGAAGGCCUGUAACGGGGGCCCCUGUACACCCACCCACCUCUGGUACACCGGACCCUGGGGACAGUGUAAUGCAGCGUGUGGAAGCGGCACCCAGCGCAGGGACAUCAUCUGCGUGAGGAAGACAGGAAGUGACUUCACCGUGAGCGCUGCCAGUGAGUGCUCACACCUGGAGAAACCGUCUCCAGUGCAGCCGUGUGAACUGCAGCCCUGCACACCGCAGUGGUUCACCACCGAGUGGAGCACGUGCUCUCGGUCCUGCGGUGAAGGGGUGCAGACGCGGGAGGUGCGGUGUCUCACUGCAGACAAACAGCACAACGCAGCCUGCGAUCUGGAUUCAAAACCUGCUCAUGAGCGCACCUGCAACACCAUACCCUGCAGUCCCUUCGAAGAUGAGAAUUGUAAAGACAGACGACAUAACUGCGUAACGGUGGUCCAGGCUCGUCUCUGCGUCUACUCUUACUAUAAGACCGCCUGCUGUGCGUCCUGCACCCAGAGUGCCCAGCGGGCCAAAAGACAUUAACCCUGCACAAGCCACAGAGACGUCAGGUUCAGAGAUCCACCACCAGAGCCAAAACUCAGCCAAUCACAGAUCUGUCAGAGGAAACAGCCAAUCAGAGGCCAUUCAGGUUCAAAAGGAAUUCCAGGAGAGAAUUCCAACUUGAACUGAGCUGAGAUCAGCAUACCUUUAAAGUGAAAUUUUGUUAAAAAUGUUAUCGCAUACGGGCUCAUAGGCUCAAAUGAUUCACAGUAGCUCUUUUCCCAUUGGUGACGAGUGUUUAGUACACUAUACUGUUAUAACCAUUCCUUAAAUGAUCUUUAAACAAAUGCACUAACAUCACAGGUCCACAUUCUGGACACAUAUAUGAAGAUAUUGUUAAGUGGGAACAAUUCUAGAAGUUGCUUUAGUGCUUUCGUCACACAUUAAGCAUUUAUAAUGGUUUCUUUUAAUUGCAAGUCAGUGGAUACAGAAUCUGGUAUUUGAACCAGUAAUCCGUCUCAUUUAUUCGGUUUAUGAGUUGUGCGACCAAAGUAUGAUAAAACAGAUGACAAGCAUUAAUUACACACCUAAUGUGCGUGAUUAACUCCUAAUUGUUGUAUGAGCACUAAAAACCUACUGUUAAAAAAGAGAGACAAAUAUGACAUUUUCCAAUUAAAAUCAUGAACAUGCAUCAUAAUUACUGCAUAAAAGUGAUAGAUUAUUAUGCAAACAUUGAUUCUCCCCUCAAAAAUAGUCCCUUUGGCCUUGUCUCAGUGCCCGAAGUGGUCCUUAAAAUAUCAGUACUUCAGCAAGAACAUAAAUACUACAGCAUAAGUGCUCAUGACCGUCUUAAAAUAGCACACUUAAAAUAGUGUAGUGAGUGCAGUGUGAACAGAAAUCUGGAAAUCUACUAUGAAUCUAGUCCAUUAAGCUAUUAUGAGAAGAUGAGCAUCAUGAUCAGCUCUCUGUAUUUGAUUCACUCUUUAUUCUUUAGGUUGGUUUUAUCUGAUUGUAUAUCAGUUGGUUUGGUGUUUCAUGUUUUUGUCAUUUUUUGUGUGACAUGUUCUUGUUUGUGUUUUUUGGCUUUGUUAUUUCUGGCUGUUUUUAUUGGUUGCCCUCAUGUAAAUUAAAGCAAUAGUUCACCCAAAAAUGAAAAUUUGCUUAAAUGUGCUCAUCCUCAGGCCAUCCAAAAUUAGGAUGAGUUUGUUUCUUCAUCAGGUUUGUAGAAAUGUAGCAUUGCAUCAGUGUCUCAGCAAUGGAUGCUCUGCAGUGAAUGGGUGCCGUCAGAAUGAGAGUCCAAACAUCUGAUAAAAACAUCACAAUAAUCCACAAGUGAUCCACAGCUCUCCAGUCCAUCAGUUAAGGUGUCCAUCAUUAAACCUGUUUUAAUUAAGCUGUUAAG